AUGGCUUUUGUGGGCGGCGAUCAGCACCCUGCCCGCUACCAGCCAGCCCAGCAGACAGAGCCCCCCGGGCCAGGUGUCCACAGAUCGUCGGGGCCGCUCCCUCCACAAGUCCCCGCGGGCGCCGCCGGCCACCCGGCGCUUGCUGGCGGCGCGGCCACCCGCGGCGCCGGCAGCCGCGGCGGCUGGGCGGGCAGGCAGAUGCUCGAGCAGUCGUUUGCGCGGACGGGCUUGCGUGAUGGGGUGCUUGGUGGGGGGAACCAGCGUGCAGCCGGCAGUGCCGAGCUGCAGCAGCAGCAGCAACAACAGCAGCAGCAGCAGCAGCAGGCAGUGCAACAGCAGGCGCUGCAACAGGAAACGCAGCAACACGAGGAGCAGCAUCACCAGCAACAACAACAGCAGCAGCAGCAGCAGCAGCAGCAGCAGCAGCAGCAGCAGCAGCAGACGUACAUACACCAACAGCAGCAGAAGCAGCAAAAGCAGCAAAAGCAGCAGCAGCAGCGGCGGCAGCGUCAAGGAGAGCGCGCAGGCACCACACGGGCCCAGCGCGCGCGGCCGGCGGUGCACCGCCUGAGCCCGUGCACCCGGAAGCUCACCAUGCAGUGCGCGCGGUCUGUGCAGCGCCACGCGCGCCUGGGCAAGAUGGUGCACCUGCCAUCAGAGACCGACGGCCAGGCCGUGGCGGCGCUCAAGGCGCUCGCACACGCGCGCUGCAUGGCGCUCGCGCACGGGGGGCCGGGGCUCGCCUUCCAGCUGGCCGUCGGGAAAGAGCGCCCAGCGGCGCCCGCGCGGGACGAGGAGGCGGGGGCGGCGGUGCUCGCGGACAGCCGCAGCAAGACCGGCGGCAGCGGCGGCAAGGACGCAGUUGGUGGCGGGGCCUCGCGGCUGGUGUUGGUGGCUGCGCAGGUCGACGAAUCCCGACUGCUGCGCUUCGACCCCGCGCCCCUGAUCGCGUCGCGGCACGGCGGACCCGAGCGGCUCGCCACGGCGCUGCGCGCGCGCGUGGCCGCUCAGGGCUUCGCCACCGUGCGCGCGCUCGGCCCCGAGGCUGCGCGCUGCGCGCUGGCCGCGCUGGCCCUCUCCCAGAAGCAGCUGCGGCGCCGCGGCGGCGACCUCUGUGUGAUCCCGAUGCGCCACGUCAUCGAGGCUGCAACCGCCGCCGCGCUGCAGCAGCAGCGGCAGCAGCAGCAGCAGUGGGAGGCCGGCGGCGGCGGCGCCCUGGCGUCGUACCACGACCUGCCAAUGGUGCAGGGGGGGCAGCAGCACCAGCAGUGGGCGGAUUCAUGGGAGGAUGCUGACGAGGACGACCCUCGGCUGGUCACGAUGAUGUCACUGCACGUCGUGCGCUGCGCUCCCGCGACUGGCGCCGGCGCCGCGUGGGAGCUGCAGCCCUGGGCGCUCGGGGCGCCGCCGCCAGCGGCUGCGCGGCGCGCCGCGCGCGCGCUCACGCCGCCCGCGGCCGCCGCGGCGACGUGGCUGCCCGCGGGCGACACUGUCCCGGCCGCGGCCCCUGCCGCCGGCGUGGCCGCGGCCGAGCCCAAUGGCGCGUCGCUGGUGGGAGACAUCGGGAGUGAGCAUGGGGAGGAGCUGCACCCCGGGUUGGUGGUGCUAUCGGCCUCGAGCGGCGGCCACGCCGCCCGCCGCGCGCACACCAGUGAGUGGGCGGCCGAGCCCGUUCAGGCCACAGCGCACCUGGGGGCCUGA